CUUCGAUGGCCAACGCUUACACGCCCCGCCUGUUUCUUGUGCAGAUGGUCAACAUGGCCUAUCUCCUGGCCUGUUUUGCUGGUCAACCGUGUACUGCUGGCGAAAGUGUGGUGCUGCCGACUUUGGAAAUGCCACGCAGCGUCGACAGUCCCGUCACGGACCAGGCCAUUUCACAGUUCCCGGAUUCCGCACCCUUCAACAGGCGUCACGACAACGCGACGAGCGUGAUCGAGCCACCUUAUCAACUUUUUGCGCACCGUCCAGCAGUUCGUGGCACCCAGCUGAUUCUGACGUCACCGACCAGCGCUAAAAAGUCUUGCAUCGACCACGCGCGCACCAGUGGGCUUGGCAGCAACGCUUCGAUGGCCAACGCUUACACGCCCCGCCUGUUUCUUGUGCAGCAAUCACUUUCCACUAGUACCCUACCACAUGACUGGAAAGUGGGAAAGGUCAUCCCAGUGCCCAAAAAAGCCACCCCAAGCCGAUCUCAUUGCUCCCGCACAUCGCCACUCAAGCCGGAUCAACCACGAAAAGACCGUAUACCCCCCUCGAGCUCACACUGUCUUCCAUGCCUCCUCAUUCUUCAACCAGACAUCAAGGGACUGGAAUGACCUUCCCACCAAGGCAGUGCUUCAUUCCGACCUAGCCAUCUUCAAACGCAUCAUAGAAGAACUGUUUUUGUAGAUAUGCCCACCCCUCAUGUAAAACCCCUUCCUUUAGGGGCCUUUGAGGUAUUAUAAAUAAAUAAAUAAAUAAAUAAAUAAAUAAAUAAAUAAAUAAAUA